AUGGGCCUCAUCUGUCAGUUGGGCGACGUUGAUCAGCAAACGCCAACGCAGAGGGACGUGGGAAGGGCCGUGGGUGCCGCGCGGGGCUUCGUGAUUGUGGCCUUGCUCGGUUUGGCGCCCACCCUGAGAAAAGCCAGUGACGAGAUGCCGCGGCGCUGGGAGCUUCUCAUCUCCACGCUAGUUGAAUCCCAUCUUACUGUUGCAGCCGUGUGGGCACCACUUAUCCCGAUCAACUUUGACUUCUUUGCCAACACGCUCACCCAGGUGGUACAACUAACCACUCUUGAUAAAAUCAUAUUUACAUCACCACGCAACGAGAACGGCCGCGAACCAAGGGAAAGGAAAACAUACACAGAUAUGCCUAGUCAGGUCACUCAAGGUUUAGCCCAGAUGGGCGCGCAGGUUUCACCAGCGAAAAAGGCCAUGAAACCGCCACCCGUACCGGAUCACGGAUAUGAUCUCAACUUCACCGACCAAGUCAUCGCCGCUACCGGGCCAAAUGCCCAUAAGAGGAUGGCAGAGGUUAUGCCAAGUCUCUUGCGCCACCUCCAUGAUUUCGCGCGCGAGGUGGACCUCACGGUUGCUGAGUGGAUGGCGGCCGUAGAAUUCAUCAACGCCGCUGGACAAAUGUCCAAUGAUAGGCGUAACGAGACCCAGCUUGUUUGCGAUAUCCUAGGGCUAGAAUCUCUCGUUGACGAGAUCUCGUCCAAGCUUCUCGAAAAGGCCUCCCUAACUUGA